CUUUUGAACUUUCGGGAAAAAAGAAUCCCUACCUUUUGAAAUUUAAAAACAGCGACAUAGCGGUUAGGGUUUAGAGAGCGAGAGAUACGAUGAGAAGAGAAAGCAAGGGUGGUUCUUACUUUUCAUGGGCCGAUGAGGUCGAGAAAGAAGAACAAGAAGCUGCUGUUGCACAAUGGCAGGAGAAACCAAACCCUUUUGGCUCAGCAAGGCCCAGAGAAGUUGUUCUUCAAGAAAAAGGAAUCGAUUGGAGACAACUUGAUCUCCAUCUUCAACAAGCCUCUCCACUCCCACUGCAGGAACCGAGACCACGUAAUCCUCAGCCUGUCAUUGUUACAUUAACUCCCCAGAUUCAGAGUCCUAUAUCGCUUGUUCCUCCACUGAGGUAUCCGCCCAAGUACGUCGCUGGCUUUCUCUACGAGCAUUGGAACGCGUCCGGUUAUCGACAUUUAAAGCUCGAGAAAGAGAACCAAUCUCCGGGAGGAGGAAAGAGCGAGUCCGUGAGCACGAGGAGAAAGAGAAGAAGAACAGCAAGCAAUGAAUUGGUUGAAGCUAAGGAAGCACAACAAAAGGGCAUGAAUUUGCCUCUGGUGAAUCAAAACAUUGGAACCCCUAAAAUGUCAUUGCCUGCUAAUGGGAUUGUCAGGCAGCAGCCUAGAAACAUACCAGACGAAUUCGGCAUCGACCAAACCGCCUUUCGAGUUACCAAACACGAUGAGGGAAGGGAAAAUGGCAAAAGGUUAAGGAAAAACGCCAUGAUUUGCCUAUAAAGCAAGUACCCAAUGAUGUUCAUCACAAGGUCAAGGGAGACAGGGCAGUUUUGGUAAGGAAUAAGACGAAGAAUUAAAAUCAAUGGCUCUAUAAUGUUUGCUGAAAUUCAUGAUGACCAAUUCACCCACGGUCCUUCUGUAUAAUUGUUUAAAAGCAGCUUUAGUUUUGAUGAAAUGAUGCGACUAUGAAGUGUUGUUUAUUAACUACAACUAAGCUGUAAUUAAAGAUGGCUCGAGUUCCUGCA